AUGACCUCCCGCACUCCCAGAGUGAAGCUCGUGCUGAAGCUGCAGGAGGGGAGCACGACGGUGCAGGAGCCGGAUCGGGAGGUCGUGAAAGGCAUCGUGCACGGCUAUGAGGUGGUGGAGGUGGACGGAUUCACCUACAAGCGCCGGCGACAGCAGAGCCCGGUUGCGGGGAUCGAGAACACGCCUCCCAAUGCCACGCCGGUGGCCACGCCAGGCCCUCCCAUCCCAGGGCCUCCGCCCCCCGCACCCACCCCUCCACCGGCCUGCCCCUCCCUGGCCACCCAGCUGGCGGUGAGAAGGUACCUGAAGGAGCACACCAGCCAGCUUCCGGAAGUCGCAGAGCCUGCUGACCGCCUCGCGGCCGUGGCUGCCAGCGUGGGCGAGACGGUGCUGGACACCUGCACCGACGAGGCCGUGACCACGGCCCUGACCUCCAUCCUGCAGCGCUUCCUCCUCCGCAUCCGCACAGAGGCGGCUGCGGGGCGCCUGGGCUGCCAGGUCUGGGAGGCGCGGGACGAUGCGGCACCCCCUGAUCACAGCGCCGAGUCGUUUGCGCCAGACCUGCAGGCCCGGAAGGCGGGGCUGAGGGCCCGACUCACGCGAUACGCCGAUGUGGAGGCGGUGGGCACACUGCGCGCGCUGCGCGCCGAGGUGCACGCGCACAUGGCCCUCCAGGUGGAGGGCCUGUGCAUGUUGACUGCGGACGUGGCGUCGCUGGUGGAAAGCGCGGGAGUCCAGGCGCGGGCGGCGCAGCACGAGUUCCACCAGGAGCGCUUCCGCGCCUUCUCCCACGUCGACUCGCCGGCGCGCCUAAUCCAGGCGUUGACGCAGCCGCCCCUGCCCCUGCACCGGCUGGAGGGCUGA